AUCGCUCUCGGCGUUCUCGAUUGUCGCUCAAAUCUCCUAUUUUCGACAGUUUAACUUUGACCGAGUGACCUGAGGUUUAUAACCAAAAGCGAAGACAAUCAUGCUUUCGUUUUUCCGAAGCGCAAAAGCCCUGGGCCUUCUUACUUUAAUCACAGCGACUUCAGUCACCGCCAAGGGAACACUUGGAAUCAAGGGCGCCAAAGUAGCUGUCACAUCCCCGGAUGGACUGAACGACGCCACCUACACUCUGAAGGAACCCACUCCUCUUCCUUCGCCUAUCGCCCUCUCUGAGACCACAAACUUCAAGCUCGCCUUUACUGUCAUUGACACGACAUCGGGAGAACCAGUGUAUCCUCAACAAGCCCAUCUUCUUCUUGAAGGCCUGCAGGGUGAUGAUGAUGAUGUGACUUUACCUAUUACUGUCAAAAGCAACGGCAAGGCUCAAAUAACUAUCAACGCUGCUAAGCCUCAUCCUGCCCUUUUACCUACCCGCGGCAAAUUCCAUCUCACUCUCCUCCUUUCGUCGCUGGACGAAUAUACCCCUCUCGCUUACCCUUUGGGCGAACUCUCUAUUCCCGAAUCUAUUUUGCAGCCUCGUCCUCGAAAGCGACAUGAUCUCCCUCCGCGAGCUGGUGAGCCGGCCUUCCAGCCUGAGCAAGAGCUAUACCACACUUUCAAGGAAGAUCCUAAGACUGUGGGAUGUGCUAAAAGUGGUGCUGGGAUUAUAGUAACCCUUGCUCCUUGGGGUGUACUUUUUGCAUUGUUUGGAAAGCUAUCGCCUUCUCUCAAUUUCCAAACUCCUCCAGUAUCUUCCUAUGUGUUUUUGCUUGUCCUUGCGGCUAUUGAGACACUCAUCUUUGUGUACUGGGUUGGCCUUAAAUUGUACCAACUCCUGCCCCCUUUCCUCGCCCUCUGUGCAAUUGCAGCAUACAGCGGCUUGAUUGCUCUUCGCGAACUGAGGGAGCGAAGGCUGAAAGCCGGAGGAACCCCAUGAAUAGCCUUCUUGUUAAAACGUAAGAGUAUAAAAGUACAUACAACGACAUGUACAUAUCUAAGCAUGUGAUUUUGAGUUUUCUUAUUCGAAAAACCCAACUUGGGCUAUAAGAAACGUACUACAAGCAGAGUCCUAGAAUUUUGGGAGUAAAUGCAAUUGGGAUGAAAAGG